GGAGAGGACGGUCCCUCUCCUCUCGCUGACGAUAGAACAGUCGUUAGUGAAUAUAACAUAUUCGUUUGUGUUUAUAACUUAAUUGUUAACAUUCUUAAAUAACUCUUCAACAAUUUGAAUAUUAGUAAUUUUAAAAAAAAUCCUGAACUAUGACAGUGAUAAACGUAGUAGUGUAGUUUAAAUAAAAGUUAAGACCUAAUAGUGUGCCCUGAGGUGUUCUGACAAUGGCGUCCUCAAACGGACGAGACAGUGCAAAGGGGACGGCAUCUAUAGACAGUCUGAAAGUAUCGAGUAAAAAUACAUCGAAACAUGCUUCAUCAGAGUCGGUGUUAUCAAAGAAGGACAAAGAGUGUCUACAAAUGCAGGAGUGUAAGAAGAAACUUCUAGCGAUGGAGCCGCAGGUCAUAAUACGAGAUGAGAAUGUGGUGUUGCGUUCGCCGCCGCAGAAGAAGAUUGUCAUGCCGCCAACAAUUAAUCCAGAGGAAUUGGCUGCUUCGACACCGACCCAGAGGAACUGGCGCGGCAUCCUGAUAGCGCUGUUGGUGAUAGCCGCGGUGCUGGGGCUGAUCGUGUUCAGUAUAGCGCUGCUGACGCCGGCGGGAGACGACGGCCGAGGCCGGGGGCAAAGGCCUACGCUCAGUGACGUGCUAGACGACCAUUACAAGCCCUUCAACGGGACCUGGCUCUCUGAUGUGGAGCUGGUGUUCAGAGAUAGAUGGGGAGGGCUCACUCUCUUCAACGUCAAGAACUUCACCACCAGAAUACUCAUGAACAACUCUACUUUUAGAGAAUUGAAUGCAGUCGACUUUAAAGUGUCUGCAGACCUGAAGUUUGUGCUGAUGAUGUCUGAUGUCAGAGCUGGGUGGAGACACAGCAGACUGGCGAGGUACCACGUGUACGAUGUUAUCAGCAGGAACAGAAUCCCCAUCUCCCCGAUUGAGGAUGACCGCUCGGCGCCGCUGCUCCAGUACGCGGAGUGGGCACCGGCGGGAGCAGGUCUGGUGUUCGUGCACGACAAUGAUAUCUACUACAAGCCCAGGGUUCUCAAGACGCUGGUCUGCAGGAUCACCAGCAACGGUGUCCCAGGCGUGGUGUUCAACGGCGUCCCGGACUUCCUGUACGAGACUGAAGUGCUCCGUCUGGACCGUGCCCUCUGGUUCAGCCCGGAUGGACAGACCCUCAUGUAUGUCACCUACAACGACUCAAUGGUGCCGGAGUACCAGUACCCUUGGUGAACAGAAACAAUCCAGAAGCGACUAUAUACGUGGUCAGCUUGAAGACACCAAAGUUCCUCUUCUCGCACGCAA